GCAGCGCGCGGCGCGCGCGGGAGGCGCCGGCGCCGGCCGGCGGCGCGGGCGGCGGCCGAGCGGAACCCGCGGCUGCGGCGGGCCCAGGACCCGAGGCUCUCGACGACGUGCCGUUCGACGCGGCGCGCCUGUCGGUCGACCAGCUCCGCGCGCAGCUGGAGCGCCUUGGCUCGGCGACCGCCAGGCACGAAGAGGAGUUGUGCGAGGCGCGGCAGGAGCUGGCGUCGCAGAGGGAGGAGCUCGCCAGGACGGCCGAGCACGCCGGCGGCCUGGUGGCGGAGCUGCGCUCCCAGGUGAAGCGCCAGCUCGGGCAGCUCGCGCUGCGCGUGGAGCUGCGCCGCUCCGCCGCCGCGGAGGCGCCCUCGCCCUCGGCGGCGACUUCGCCCUCGGCGGGCGCCGCAGCGCCGGCGGAGCCCUCGCCGACGGCGGGCCGCGGCGCCGAGCAGCGGCAGCGACAGGCCUCGCCGGCGGCUGCAGCGGGCGAGGCCCCGGCGGCGACGCCGCCGGCGGGCGGGCAGCCGCGCGGCGAGGCGCCGUCGCCGACGGCGCGGGCAGCGGCGCCGCCGUGGGCCUCGCCGUCGGCCACGCCGUUGGCGCCGCGGGAGGACGCGCCGGCGGCGGGCGGGCAGCCGCGCGGCGAGGCGCCGUCGCCGAAGGGCGCCGCCACGGCUAGGGGGGCGGAUGCGAAGGCGGACAAGAUGCAGAGGAGCGAGGGCCACGAGGAAGGGCGAGACGCUCCUCCCAAGGCGCAGCCAGGCAUGGCGAAGCCUAGCAGCGACGACCAGGAGCGGUUGCUCGACGAGGCCACCGCCGUGGUCAAGGGCGCAACCACGGCAAACCGCGUGGACAAGCGACGGCACACGUGGUUCUCAUGCCUCACGCAGGCGGCGAAUCCGCGGGUGCAGCACCAAAGAAACGCUAAGGUGAAGUGCGUGCGCAAAAGCUCCACUUUGAGGCAGAUGCUGCGCUUGAUGGACACGAGGCCGCCGAUGCUGCUAAGGAUCUGGGAUUUGAGCCCGCGCUCGAGCGGGCGCCCCGACGUCAAAGAACCUUAUGCCUCCGAGUCGGAGCAGACUUUUUACAUGAAGCGGGCGAUCGAGUCGGACAAUGUUCGGGAGGCCCUCAAGCACGCUUCUAACAUGAUCUGUGAGCUGAGAACGUCGCUGCUGUCGCCGAAGAAUUAUUACGAGCUCUACAUGCAGGUCUUCCGAGAGAUGCAGAACCUGUCGGAUUUCUUCGGCGACUCGAGCCGGCACAAGAAAAAAAUGGUAGACUUGUACGAGUCCGUCCAGAGUGCCGGGAACAUCCUGCCGCGGCUGUACCUCCUGGCGACGGUGGCCAAGAGCUAUGUGCAGUCCAAGGAGGCGCCCGCGAAGGAGAUCCUCACGGAUGUCAACGAGCUCUCCAAGGGCAUACAGCACCCGCUGCGCGGGCUCUUCCUGAGGUACUACAUCUCGCAGAUGCUCAAGGACAAGGUGCCCGACACCGGGUCCGAGUUCGAGGGCGAAGGUGGCAACAUCGACGACGCAUUCAACUUUAUCUUUAGCAAUUUCAUGGAGAGCAACCGGCUGUGGGUGCGGAUCCAGCACCAGGGUCCUGCCAAGGACAAGGCCGCUAGCCGAUGGCAACUUGUUGAAACAGGUAUGGGAGUGGGAGGGGCGGGAGGAGCGGGAGGAGCGGGAGGAAGGAUGCACGGAGGAGGGAGACGGGGAGGGCGGAAGAAGCCGGGAGGAGGAUUGGGAGGAGUGGGGCGUCGAUGA